AUGUCGCCUCGCUCACCGGCACAACAUGGCAAGGCCGCACACCAGCCAAGCCCACUCUUCGCCUCUAUUUCAAGUGCGAGAAUUUGCAGCGCAUCGGUGCUUUCAAGGCCCGCGGCGCGUUUCAUGCCAUUGAGCGCCUCAAGAUGGAGCCUGGAUGGCGCGAGGGCGGCGGCGCCCAGCGGGGCGUGCCACACACAGUUCCGGAAACACGCCCAAGCCCUGGCCCUCGCCGCCCGCGAGAGCUCCAUCCCUGCUCAUAUUGUCAUGCCCUCCGUGUCCCGCCCCAAUAAGGUCGCCGCCACAAAGGGCUACGGCGCCAUCGUAUACCCGAGCGGCUCCACGAGCGUCGAGCGUGAGGCCGUCGCCAACGAGGUCAUCGCCGCCACCGGCGCACGCCUCGUCCCGCCCUACGACCACCCCGACAUCAUGCUCGGCCAGGGAACCAUGGGCCUCGAGUUUCAGGACCAGGCGCGAGACCUGCUGCCCGCCGGGAAGAGAGACCUCGACGCCAUCGUGACACCCUGUGGAGGUGGCGGGAUGCUCUCUGGCGUUGCCCUGAGCUGCGAGGGAACUGGUAUCCGCGUCUACGGGUCAGAGCCGGAGUAUGAGGGCGCUGACGACGCCAAGCGUGGCUACGAGGCGGGCAAGCGUGUUGAGACCGUCAAGAGUCGAACCAUUGCCGAUGGUCUGCGCACUCCCCUCGGCGUCCACCCGUGGGGCGUCAUCUAUGAACGCAAGCUCGUGAGCGCCAUGUUUUCUGUAUCCGAGGAUGACAUCUUGCAAGCGACGAAGCUCGUUUUUGAGCGGUUCAAGCUCGUCAUCGAGCCAAGUGCCGCCGUGCCAUUGGCCACUGCGCUCUACAACGAAGACUUCAGAGCCAUGGUGGAGAGGGAAGCUGGCGAGGCUGGCUGGGAUCUGGGGCUUGUUUUCAGCGGAGGCAACAUUGCUGUGGAUGGGCUAGCCGAGCUCUUCGCGGCGAAACAGCAGCCAUAA